UGUGCUGAGGAAAUCGAAAAUGUUUGCAAAAAUCGCAGUUUUAGCUCUGCUAUGCGGAAUGUCUUCCUCAGGUCAUCUCGAUAUAUCCCCUUAUCAUGGAGCUGCUCCCUACGAUAAAGUAAUAGGGAUCUAUGAUCAUCCCUAUGGGGGUAAUAUUUACGGCAAUAGAUACGAAAAAGAUUAUGAUCAUUAUCAUUAUCCGAAAUAUGAAUAUUCUUAUGGUGUUCACGAUCCUCAUACUGGUGAUCAGAAGUCUCAACACGAAGAACGCGAUGGUGAUGUCGUGAAAGGGUACUACACCGUUGCAGAUCCGGAUGGUACUCUACGUACAGUUCACUAUACUGCUGACGAUCAUAAUGGUUUUAACGCCGUUGUACAAAAAGACGGUCAUCAAAUACAUCCACAAAUUUACGGCAAAGUAAUAGCGGAACCUAUUUUAACUUUGAUAGCUGUAGCUGCAGUAGCACAAGCUGGAGUUUUGAACUACAGUCACGGCCAAGCUAAUGCUCAAAGUGGAGAUCAUAAAAGUCAACAUGAAGUACGUGAUGGGGGUGUAGUUAAAGGUAGUUACACUGUAGCGGAAUCUGAUGGUACCAUCCGCACUGUCCACUACACCGCUGACGACCAUAAUGGAUUUAAUGCCGUGGUAGAAAAAUCAGGACAUCCAGUACAUCCAGCUCCAGCUUACGGAAAAACUAUAUUAGCUGAUCCUUCUUAUCACCAUUGA